AUGGAGGAAUUAAACUUGCCUAUGCAAGAAUUGAUGGCCUGCAGUCAGCAGAGAGCAAAUUUGGUGAAACAACUAUGGGGUAGUGACACGAGGCUGGAAUCAGACGCCAUGCUAGAUAUGCAACCAUACCUUGAGUACUACCGAAAAGAGUGCUGCCACGCUUUGCAUGACGGAGGCCGACAUGUCAUUUGCAGAUAUCACAGCGAUAUCCUGGAAAUUGCGAAAGAAAUCCUCAAUGGUACACCCAAAGAACGUCUCAGGAACCAACUUAGAUCCAGGUGGGCACAACCAAAUCCUGAGAACUUAGAGACAGCUAUUGAUGCAUCGAUCGAUCUGACUGCACGCCUUGUGUCCAUGGCAAAUAUUGGGAUGUUGCAGUUUGGUGUCUCUGCAGGGAUAAAGCUUCCAUGGGAAGGUGGGUCGAUCCAGGAUCUCAUCAACGGGCACUUCGUACGGCCUGGACAUCAAGAGGCAAAUGCCAGACUGGAAAGAAAUUUCAAAGGCUGCAACUUAAAUCGGAAUGCAGGGAUAAAGAUAGUAUGGACAAGUAACCUUGCAGAUCACCUUCGUAUCACUGACGAAGAGGUUGCGGUAUUCCACCACGCUUCGUUCCUGAAGCAUCAUCGCACGAGUGGACUCUUUCCAUUAGAGUUUGUGGAUGAGACCCUACAAACACUAGCUCUUCUGUUUCCGCAGAACGACAAGGGGACAAUUCGGUGGCUCAACAGGAGGAGAAAAUCAUCCUCACAGUAUAUCGAUCAACAGCUGAAUAAAUGUGGUUUUUUGAGAGAUAAAGACCGGCAGAUUCAGAAGUUUCGGUUUUGGCGAGAGCGACUAAUUGAACUGGAGGAUUUCUACGACGAGUACUCCCCCAGGACAAUUCGGCAGCUAUGGAGGGACAGGCGCGACGGUCUUGCAUGGCAUACCUUUUGGGCCGCGAUGCUGAUUCUCUUCUUAACAAUCUUCUUUGGAAUUGUGCAAAGCGUAGAGGGAGCAUUGCAGGUUUACAAGGCUUAUUUCCCGACAACGAUGAACUAG